CAAACAGGCUCCGAAGAUACUUCUACUGAGAGGUCUGCCAUGGCCUCCCUUGGCGUCCAACUGGUGGGCUACAUCCUAGGCCUUUUGGGACUAUUAGGCACAUCAAUUGCCAUGCUACUUCCCAACUGGCGAACAAGUUCCUAUGUUGGUGCCAGCAUUGUGACGGCGGUUGGCUUUUCCAAGGGCCUCUGGAUGGAGUGUGCGACACACAGCACAGGCAUCACCCAGUGUGAUAUCUACAGUACCCUUUUAGGACUUCCUGCUGACAUCCAGGCUGCCCAGGCCAUGAUGGUGACGUCCAGUGCAAUGUCCUCGCUGGCCUGCAUUAUCUCUGUGGUGGGCAUGAGAUGCACCGUGUUCUGCCAGGAAUCUCGAGCUAAGGACAGAGUGGCCGUAGUAGGUGGAGUCUUUUUCAUCCUUGGUGGCAUCCUGGGUUUUAUCCCAGUUGCUUGGAAUCUUCAUGGCAUCCUUCGGGACUUCUACUCGCCGCUGGUUCCUGACAGCAUGAAAUUUGAGAUUGGAGAGGCCCUGUACUUGGGCAUCAUUUCAGCCCUGUUUUCUUUGGUAGCUGGAGUCAUCCUCUGCUUUUCCUGCUCCCCCCAGGGAAAUCGUACCAACUACUUUGAUGGCUACCAGGCCCAGCCUCUUGCCACGAGGAGCUCUCCAAGAUCUGCUCAACAGCCCAAAGCCAAGAGUGAGUUCAACUCAUACAGCCUGACUGGGUAUGUGUGAAGAACCAGAGCUGGGGGUGGGGUGGGGUGAUGGCUGGGACUAUAAACAAAAAAAAGUAGUGGACAAUGCCCCCAGGGUCACAGGCAAAGGACAUUGCCACUGAAUCAUGUGUAAGGUGCUGCUGAGGGUAGAAUAACUUUGGCCAUUGGAUGGAGUGAAAGCAGAGAUGAGAACAGGGGUGUCAUCAUGUAGAUGGAAUUGCCAAGGACACUUGCCAAGCUAGCUUUUCUAUUUC